AUGGAUUAUAAUGGUGCUAUCCAAUUAGCCACGUAUUUUCUCAACCUGCAAAUCCACAAAGCGCUCUCGGAACCACUCUUUGACAAGAACUACCCAGGAGUAUGGGCAGCUGUACAAAAGCACCCGUCUUGUCCGUUAGAGCAAAUGGACGAUGAAUGCAUUGUAUCCAUGCUGAUCGACGAUGCGAUCUAUCACGUUGGUUUGGCGCCUCGAGAUGUUUACGCAUUUGUUAUGGAACGGUCCGAAACUGCUAUAGAGGCGGCUUUGUGGAAUUGUAAUCUGGAGCACAUGGCUUCAGGGUUUGUGUCCCUCAGAUGGCCCUUCGCCCUCGACAGCAACUCACAACAGUUGCUUGUUAUACACAAUGGUGACGAGGAAGUUCACGACAAAGUCAUGGUCAGUCCCAAGGCGUGGUAUGGCACCUUCAAGUCGAUUCAUAUUGCCCGGUUGGUGGAGAGACGUUACGGAGCACAAAUCGAUUUGAACUUCUCGUGUUAAAACUAACUAUUAUUAACUAAUGUCUGUGUGCGAUAAUAGCCGCGGCGUUUUGUCGCUACUUUGUGUUCUAAACCUGC